ACAGUCGUCACCUCAGCUAUGGUUCCUUGCAAGAAAUCAUCUUUUUUCUUCUUCUGAACUUCUUCAAAGUCUCUUCGUUCCGCCUCAUGUUCGGCGAAAUUUUCCAGAAUUCGUAACUGUCUGAUUACUGAUCAGGAUUGUUUGAGCGUUUUUUUGGUUGACGAGAGUUGGUCAUACCUGCGGAUUGAUGCGUUUGAUUCCGGUGGACUCCUCCUCUGUUGGAUUGAUUUUGGAAUCAGUUUGGGGAGCAUUUUGCUAGCAUCGAGUUUUUGAAUUUGCGGAUUGAUUGGUGGUUGUGAUCCAGAGGAGUAAUUCCGAUGGAGUCUGUUGAUUCGUCGCCAAAUUACGUGAAAUCCAGCUGCCGUUCUGACGCGAAGAAAGAAGUUUCGUCGGGAGGAAGUGAAUGUGAUGACAACAUCUCCUUGAGUUCUUCAACUGGGAAAUCAGCCAUUAAAGGUCUUAGAAACACUGGAAUCAAAUACAGAAGGAGUAAUAAGAAGACAGUGAAGAGUUUUGGGAGUGUUAGGUCAUUCAGGAGAAGAACAAAGACAAUAUUGGUUCAAUCUCCUGCUGCAGAAGAAUCUGACGAUGCUGCAGCCUUUCACUCUGGUUCUUUAGUUGAUUCUUCUGCGUCGUCGCCUCACUAUUUGAAAGCAACGAGCUCUUCCCAGGGCAAGAAAACGACUUCUUGGCAUUCUGAAUCUCCCAGUGAUGGAAACACGUCGCCAUUUUCGCAAUCUAAGCUCGGCACUCGUGAUAAGAAGGCUUUGAUGUCCAGAUCAUCAAGCAUUAGAACUUCGAGGUUUCAACUGAAGAUGACUAGUUUCAAGAGGAGAGUCGCUCUAAAUUAUUCUAAAGUUUCAGAAGAUGCCUCUGUUGAUAGGGCGACGUAUUCUUCCGCUAUAAAGGAUUCGAAGUUUCCUGAGCGGGUAGAGAUUCAUCACGGGGGAAAAGAGUCUGAGAAUCUUUCAGUUAUGAAAGUUUGUCGAUACCAUCAUUGCUCUCUACAUGGGCAUUGCCAUGGAGCUGACGAUCCUGCUCCCCAGCCUAAACGUUUCCUGUACAAAAGACGAUUGUCAAUGAAGAAGCAAAGAGGUAUGAAAUCUAAAACCAACUCGAAUCCAGGAGCCAAGCAAUCUGGCAGUAGAAAGAAAGAACACCAGAAAAACCAAGCAAGUGCUGUUGUAGAAUCAUCAGAUCAAGAGAGCAUCAGUAAUAAGGUUUUAGAUGAUUUUCCUGCGGGGAGCUAUUCUUCUAAACAGGAAUCUGAUAUACAUGGAAAUGGUUAUGAUGACAGUCAAGAGGUGGAUCUUACUAAAGUUGCAUUUGUUGAAACACCAUUUCCUAAGAGGAGUCACCAGGAAGAUCUGAGCAUAAUGAGAAAACAUUCUUUUAAGGGAGAAGAUUUCGGAGAGAUGCAUUACAGACUGAAUGGUCACUGUUUAGGAUGUUCUUGCCACAACCGAGGGCAGGUUAUGACAUAUGCUCCCACAAGACCUGAUGCAGAUAUAUCCCUGAAUAAAUCCACUUCGACACUUCCUGACCUUGACUAUGGUGAUAAACUCCCCCAAAAUGGAUAUGCUAAUGGCAUUUCUCCUAAUUCAUCUUUCAAUGAGCCAACAGAGCAAUUUAGUGACCGCCCCGAGCAUGAUGUUAUUCCAAGUUGUGCAAAUGAUGCAUCAAAUGAAGAUCCUCCUGCAGCUCCUGCCACAACUGAAGUAACUGAAAAUACCAAUGUGUCUUACACACCUUCAGAUAGCCAAAGUCCGGGUCGUAUCAAUUCGGAUGAGGAAAGGGAUGCUAAAACCGAAUCCACACUGGAUGGUGAUUCUAAAGUUGACGAAACCAUGCAGGAUUCAGUGACUGAUUCUCCUGCACAUAUUGGAAACAAGCUCAAGUUCAGCAAACCAAGGCAUAUAAGCAUGUGGCACCUAAUACAUCAACACAUGUCAUCGAAUAUGGGUAUCGAGCAUCCAGCAAAGCCUCUUCAAGCAGCGGAUGGUGAAAGCCUAGAAGAUGACAGUACCCAGGUUGCAGGGGAGAUUUCAGCUCCAGAUGGGGCCUUAUCUGAUUCACAGGUAGCAAUAGGAAACACGGAACCUGAAAAUCAAGAGAUUGAAAUCCACAGAUUGUUUGCUAUCAAGAUUGUCCGAGAGGCAAUUGAGAAGAUUCUUCUUCCAGAGGUUCAAGACCAGGCAUCUGAUGAUCACUCAGUUACUAGUGAAAGCCCUCCCCAAGCCGAACUUGGUGACAAGAAUCAAAGCGAAGAGUUUAAGGAAGACCAUUAUGUUGAUCUUGUUGGCAAUGUACCGAGAGCUAAUACUUCAUCUCAUGUAGUGGAGAAAAGUCAUAUGGCAAAUGAUGCUUCUGGUUCGGAGGUAAAGGAAACUCACGACACUUCAGAGAUCCAGAAACAAGAAAAGAAGGUUGUUAGCAGAUCUGAGAAAAGUGCACCUAGACAUUGGAGUUAUCUUAAAAAGUGGUUUCUGCUUCAAAAGUUCAUCAGGGCAUUGGAGAAAGUGAGAAAAUUCAAGAAGCCACACCACCUUCCAUUGAGUCCUGAUCCUGAAGCAGAGAAAGUCAACCUGCGGCCUCAAACUGUGGAUGAGAGGAAAACUGCUGAAGAGUGGAUGCUUGAUUAUGCACUUCGCCAGGCAGUCGAUCAGCUCGCCCCAACUCAGAAGAAAAAAGUGGCUUUGCUUGUGAAGGCAUUUGAAACAGUUGUUCCACAACAAGAAACAGUGCCUUUACCAAGAACCAGGCUUACAAACAACAAUGGAAGCAUCAAUAGCACUAGCUACAAAGGGAAUGAGUCUGUUAUUGAAGAUCCUGAUUCCGAAAAUAGCAUACCAUCAGCGCAGAGCUCAAUUCUUGAUCAUAAUGGAAAACCAGAGGCACUGAAGAACCUGGAAAAACUUACUUCAAAUGAGAGAGAAAGAGAGGCUUUUCCAGAACAGCAAGGUCUUCAAGCAGCUGAAAAUGGGAAAGAGAAAGACGGAGAUCGACACAACUUCAAAGUGGACAGGAAAAGCCAUAUUAAAAUGUGGCAUAUGAUAUAUCAACAUGUGGUUUCAGGUAUUGCCGAAAAGGUAGGAAGCCAACUUCUCGAUGGAGCAUGUCAAGAUAAUGACGGCGAAGAGAGUAAAUUACCAGUAAUGAACAAUGGUGAUUAUUCCAAUGAUUCUUCAAGCAAUAUGAGUAGCAGCUUCACCAAAUCUGAUGCUCUCAAACUCAUAAAAGAUGCGGUCGAUGAAAUUCUCCGUCCAGAAAAUCAAGAUGACUCCGACACACAAUCAGUCACUAGCGAGUCUAUCCCAGACUUGGACAUCUCAGAAAGAAAUUUCAAUGAACUUGAAGGACAAAACAUCUCAUCUGAAGAUAAAAUUGCAAUGAAUGGAGAGAAAACAUCGUUCGAUAACACAAUCAGUAUAAAGGAAGAGGAGACAACAGUAUCAAAAGGCAAAGGUAGAAUUGAGCCAUUGAAAUCCAAGAACUGGAGCAAAGUGAAAAAGCUCAUGCUCCUCAAGAGAUCCAUUAAAGCAUUGGAAAAAGUUCGGAAUCUCAAAAUGCAAACACGGCAGUUGCUUCCUCAGAUGCUUGAUCCUGAACCAGAGAAGAUUGAGCUGAGGCAACAAGUGAUGGAUGAAAGAAAAAAAGCUGAGCAAUGGAUGCUGGAUUAUGCAGUUCAGCAUAUUGUCACAAAACUCACUCCAGCUCGGAAGAGAAGAGUCUCUAUGCUCGUUGAAGCCUUUGAAGCAGUUGUUCCAAUUCCAGAGAUAUGACUGAAUCGACAUUGUAGACAUGCAAAAUUGCUGCCACAUUAUCUGAUGCUGUUUAUAAUGAUUAUGUAUUCUUAUGCCAUAACAAGCAAGGAUUCUGGAGUACAUAAUAUUCAUUUAGCAUUGGUGUAAGGUAAGAGCUCAUCCCUUUCUUCGGGUUUUUGUUAUGUUAGAGAUAAUAUAUUAUUUUUGGUGUGGGUUGUAUUAUUUGUACACUAUUUUGAUGCAAUAAUGCAUGUUGGUUGGUGUAAUCCUUACAUAUGUUUGUAAAUGUAUUCUAGACAUGGUUUCAUGUAUAUGAUUUGAUGUAUUUAUUUGAUAUACUUCUUUAGUGUAAA